AUGACUCCACAUAUUAGUGCUAAACCGGGUGAAAUAGCCAAAACGGUCUUAAUGCCAGGCUGCCCCCUAAGGGCAAAAUUUCUCGCUGAAAAAUACUUAGAAUCGCCAGUUUUGGUCAAUUCAGUUCGUAACAUGUUCAUGUAUACUGGUACUUAUAAGGAAAAACCAGUCAGCAUUUGUGCGUCUGGUAUGGGCUGUGGAUCAAUGGGAAUUUACUCGCAUGAGUUAUUCAAUGAUUAUGGCGUGGAAAACAUCAUCAGGAUUGGCACUUGUGGCGCUUAUACCACAGAUAUAAACGUAAACACUAGUUAUCUUGUGACUGAAACUUAUGGCGAUAUGACGGAUUAUCUAGAAAUUCUCACUGACGAGAAGAGUCACUUAGUUUAUCCGUCAGCUGAGCUCAACAAAAAAAUUGAAGAAUCUGCAAAAAAAUUGGGGUUAACUUUGAACUCAGGUCGUUUCCAUUGUACUAAUGCAUUCUACAACACCAAGACAACUGAUUAUUUGGCCAAAAUGUCCGGAGCCAAAUUGGUGGAAAUGGAGACUUACUCACUCUUUGUCAAUGCCAAACUCUUAGGUAAACAUGCCGCUGCAAUUUUGACCGUUACAGACAAUAUUGCUACAAAAACAUUUUUGGAUUCUACUUUUAGGGAGAAAUGCAUUCUCAAUUCUGCUGAAAUUGCACUAGGUGUUUUAUAA